UUUGUAUGUUUACAUGGAGACGAUAACGGCAUCAUUUUCAAAAACUUGAACUUUGAAACCCAUUUUGAAAAAUUUGCAUUUUCAGGCCCCAAAACACCGCUGUCAUGUAAACGAACAGCCAAACCGCGUAAAAUAGUUUUGCAUUUUUAGUUGAAAACAUUGUCGUUUCGUGUAAACGGCCCCUAAAUCAGGAAAUGUGGAACGUUAUGGUAAAAACUCUAAUCAAGACAGGCAGAUAAGGAAUCGGCCGAGUUUUUAAGUGUCUCGGUUAUUUACAAGGAGUCAUGUGUUUGCAUACAGGAGAGUGUUAUUAAUAAUCAGAAGACACUGAACAUGAAUAUGAGCUUGACUUAUGAUGAGGUCCUGGGCUGAAGAUCAUUGAAGUUGUAGACUACAACUUCACAUUUUGCAUUGCAACUGCAAUUACAUUUCAAUAUAUCCUAUAUCCCCCCCAUAACCAUAAUGCUUUUAUUGAUCCCACACUUUUGAUUUCAAUAUCAAGAUCUCAUGUAAUGGUUCAUUCCGAAACGCAACUCUCAUCCAAAACUCACUUUGUCAUCAACUCCCAUGAUGAUCAGUGCGCCAGUGUUGGGACUUUGAGCAAAGUCUUUUAACCUUUAACUGCUUGUGUUGUGCCCUGGAUAAUAAUACAGUAUUUGCAAAACAGAUAAAUGUAAGGAGACAAUUUCUGAACACCCAAUGCUUAAUGUGUUGAACAGGAAAAGUAUUUAAGCCAUUACAUAUGGAUCACGUUUAAUAAACUAUUCUGAUUUUAACUCCAAUAACCAAGUCAUUUGAAUUUUGUCUUGUAUCUGAAAAUAUUCAAUUACUGUAUUGAUGUGAACCAAAUAUAAUGUAUGUGUAGAUACCCAUAACUUUUAGAUGAAGAACAUUUUUGUCUAUAUUUGUAUGUUUAUUCAUAAAUAUUAUUUAUUUAUUCAUUCAUUCAUUCAUUCAUUCAUUUAUUUAGAUUAUAUAUCAGAGCCCCUUUGUCUCCUUACCCAUUCUUCAUCAAAGAUUGCUUUUUAGUUGGCUUAAAGCGUUCCUUACUUCUCAUUACUACAGUUAAGAGACAAAUGUUUACAUUGUAAGGGUGGCUGGAGCAAGAUCAUGAACAUUAAAUGAGCAGUGUACAAAGUCAGUAUCGCAUGUUAAGACCUGUUUGUUUGGGCAACUGAGACAUGCAUGGUAGGCUGAUUGGUAUAUGCAAAGUGUCCGUAGUGUAUGAAUGGGCGUGUGUAUGUGAUUGUGCCCUGCGAUGGAUUGGCACCUUGUCCACGGUGUACCCCGCCUUGUGCCCCAUGCUCCCUGGGAUAGGCGGCCCUGAAGGAUAAGCGGUAUAGAAGAUGGAUGGAUUGAGGUAUUUAAAUGAUAUUCCUUGGGAUGUUUGCUUGUAUUUCCUCAUUUGUUGUGUUUGAUGCAAUGUAAAUGUAAAAUGUUUGAUAUACAGUGAAUGAUUUUUAUACUUUGAGAUCUUUAUACUGUUAUUGUACACUUUCUUACAAAUGUGUAUUUGUUCAGAUGUUUUUUCCAUCUACAAAAGUAUAUUUGCAUUGUAGCCAAUGCAACUUAAGCAAGGGAGGCAGAAUACAGUUUAAGGUCCCAACAGAGGCAGUCAGGAUUUCAACUCAGUACCUGCCAGGCAAUAGGAUACAAUCUUAACCAUGGCCUAAAAGCCUGAGCCGGAGAACGCACAUGCUAAGUGAUCACUCCACCCUUUGAGCUAAAGUGUUUCUUUUAAGAAGAAGCUGAAGUGAGCAAAUAAAGGAUAACUUAUUACACUUACAUAAUAAGAAAGUGAGCUGAGAGAGCGAGAGAGAGAGAGAGAGAGAGAGCAGACUGAGAUAGAUCACAGAUAAUAGCUAUCCAAAGGUCAGUUAGCAAGACGGAAUACUUUACUGGAUUGCUAAGGAACAGUGUGUGUGUCUGUAAUAACACCGUUAAUGAUCAAGCAGCUGUCUGAGCUCAUGUGGCACAGAACUUUAUUUGCGUAGUUUGUUGAACAAUAUUAAUAUUGAAUAUUUUAUUUACAAGUUUUUGGGAGAAGAACUUUAAAACAGAGAGCCACACGGACUACACUACUGGACUAUAACUAAGUUAUCUUCCAUAUAAUAUUACCUGAGUGUAACACAGCACCAAUGAAUUGGAGCAUUCAGAAGAGUUAGGGCCAGAAGAGGGGUGGAGAGGAAGGGUCUGAAAAGAACAGAAUGGCCCGUAAUCAAGACAGAACAUUUCGAACGGCAUUGCAGUUUCGCAAUAACAGCCACAUUAAAGUUUCUUCUUAACAGAUGUCAGUGAUGUAAUGGCAACGGAUGGUGGCUGUUAGUGUAUGUGUGGGCACAGCCUUCGUCCCAGAGAGACGGAAGCAAACAAGGGACAAAAAGGAAACCACAGUAUAGAGUGAAAGUAGGGAUCACUGAGACUUCACGUCACCCUGCUGGUUAGAAGAUACAGUGAUGGAUUCCACCCCAGGAGAAGUGAGUGGAAACACAGAGGAUGUCACAGGGAGGAAGAAGUCAAGAUUCAAGUUCCUCAAAGUCCGUCUUUUUGGGCGUCUGAAGAAAAAGGAGUCUGGAGGACGGAUGAAGCAGAGCCAGUCUGCUGGUGAUGUUACUGCACAGGAGGAAGGGAGAGGCGAGGAUGACUCAGAGGACGACUGUCACUAUCCAGAGACGACAUUAAGCUCCAGGGCAUUGUCUCAUGACAGCAUCUUCCUGGCUGAUCAGAUCCAGUCCUCACAGCCAGCGCGGGUUCUCUCGCAGGAGAAUGUUCACAGCAAUAUUAAAGCUCUGCAGUUGAAGCUACAGCAACAGAACAUGCGACUGGCUCCUCCAUUGUUGAUUCCUGGAAAGCGAAUGGAAGACUCUGGAACAACUUCUGAGGAUGAUGGCUUACCUUGUAGUCCACCUGAAAUGUCCUUCCAAGAGGUAGCCAUGCGAAGAGGAGCCUCUAAGUAUCCUCAGGCUAAAAACCACAGCUGGUUAAGUUUAGCAGGAACAGGCAGUGAAGAGGAAGAGCAGGGUGGUUUAUCACAACCCUCAUCAAGACCACUUUCUCCAGUCCCUCAACUGUCGCCAGCAGAAUCACCCUCUGUUGGUGUGGAUUUCACAAGCCCCGCCCAGUAUGUUCCCACGUUAGACAAUUCAGCCGCUCGUCAUCGCAUGUAUGUCAAGCCCAGGAAUCAACGAGCUAGCACCAAAGGGAAAAAACCACCUAAUCUGUACCAUCCUCGGUCCAGCAGCACAAACAGCCUGGAUCAGACGCUUUCAGAGAACAAACAGACACAGCAAAGUGUCACACCUGCGCAGAUCAUGCACCAGUACUCCUACGCCUCUGAAGAUUCAACCCAAGCUGAGGAACCUGUUUCACUUCCCUCCAGUCCACACUUACAGAAAGAACCAGAGAAACUGACAUCAUUGGAUGGCCGCCCAUGGAGUCCAUUAAACAGCAAUAACGAAACCACAGAGCCGUUCCAACAUGAGGACAGAACCAACACCACGUCAUUUGUGUCCUCUGAUGACCCGCAUGCCUCAAACGGCACCAGAGAACCUCUGGCAAAAGAACUUUCAAAUGAUAACCAGUACACAAAUAAGAUUAAUGAUAAUGAAGUGCAUCAGGUCAGUACUUCUUUGAUACCACUGUCCAUUUGUCCAGAGGAUAUACCAGGUUAUUAUAAAAUAAAAGAAGGAACUGAUGAUAGCUUGGCUGCAAGUAGCACAGAUCAAAUGGAGUCAUUGGAAACAACUAUAGAUGUGAAUGUUUCUAAACCACCAGAAAGCAUAACUAGGCCCCAUCCUGUUCCUGCACCACGCAACAAAAAACCAACCUUAUCAAACUUAAAUAACAGCCCUCUGGAUAAAGUAUCAAGUGGGAAACCUCAUGAGGUUGAAAAGGAGAUUGCAUCAUCUUCAGGCCUGGCUGAAUCACCAAGAGAAUUCGAUAAACCACUAAGACCGUCCUCGUUUCGUUUUAACAUUGCGUCUGCAAAAUAUCGCUCCAAGACAAGUGACGAGACGGUGGCUAAGCAGGAUGAAGAAAACUCUGGUAACACACAGAAGAGCCAAGCCUACAACCAAAACCUGGCAGUACAAAUGGAAAAAGUGGAAAACACAAAAUCCACUGAGGUUUGCAGAAAUACUCCCUCAGCUCCAGAUAAAAGAAGUAGUUUGUGGAGGGAAGUAAUAGGCCAAAAUAUCUCCAAGACAGGAGUUGGUGACAAUCCUGAAAAGUCUGAGGGAUGCUCACAGAACACAGAAAUUGUACAAAGCGACAAAGCUGAGGAAUCCGAGGACAGAAAAGGUCUUUUUGGGGUUAAGCUGCGAAGCACAUCUCUGUCUCUAAAGUAUCGCUCUGAGCUACCCAAAUUAGAGGCCGAAAUGAAGCGACAUAGUCUGGAAGGCCAUCGUGUUCAAGCAGUAAAGGAACCAGUUUCCAGUGACGUGGAAGCAGUCGGUAGUGAAAGAAAAGCAAAUGUUCUGACAAAUCCUGCACCACAGAGCUUGGAUUCACAACGAGAUCCAACUUUAGACAAAGGCAGUGAAACAGACAGCAAACCUGAACCAACAUGGAGGAGUCUCACCCAAGAAAAGACUAGAGUCCACCAGUCCUUUUCCACUAAAACAUCUCCUCAGCUAGCUCCACCACCAGAUUCAACAUCUUUAUCUACACCUCAAUCCUGCUCCACUCAACCAAUUUCAAAACCAUCCCUGCAGCCUAAACCACUCUUACCACCCACCAGCAAACCCCAAGCAGUCAACCAAUCAACACAGCAAAUUCCACCUAAAAUAGCUCCUAGGGCAAUGGAAAGAAGGGCCAUGUCCAGUCAGAGAGAAGAACAGAGUUCUGUGAGCCAGUCAACACACAGAGAUGAAUUAUUGGAUUUUAAGCGGUUCUACAAAGCGCUUUACACUGUUUCUCAUUCACACACACACUCACACACCAGUGGUAGCAGAGCUGCCAUGCAAGGUGCUAGGUUGCCAUCGGGAGCAACAUGGGGUUCAAUGUCUUGCCCAAGGACACUUCGGCAUGCGGAGUCAAUUAGCGGACAACCCACUCUACCACCUGAGCCACAGCUGCCUGAUAGUACCCAUAGUCGUAUGCAUAACAAACUAAAAGGCAAGAGCUUAAAACUUAUAAGAGAUUAUCAAAAUUGUACUCCGAUUACAAUGUUUAGUGCACUGUAAGCAAUUCUCUGUCUUCUAUAUUAUAUUAACAAUUUCAUUUCUGUUCCAAUUUUCCACACUUAUGGACAAUCAGGUUAAGGAGUAUAAGGAGUUUUUAAGAAGUAUAAAGGGAACAUAAAAAGUUAAUCUGAAUUUCUCCAAUUCAC